AAAAACAGCAGUAGAUUAUAGUUCGACCCAAACCAAAACCCAAGCCCAGUUUUUCAGCAUAAAAUAAAAGCCCUAAAAACGCAAAAUCAUCUCUCUACUCAGCCGCAGCAACAGCAGAUAAAACCCUCAACGCCAAAUUUACACUCUCUUUGUGCGUAACGCGUCUAUAAAUAUGGACGGAACGGUUGAAGAAGCAUCCAAAGCCGUAGCCGGUCUAUCUGUUGGAAAAUCUACUGGCCAACCAGAAUCUGGAGCUAUGAGCAAGAAUGCUUUGAAGAAAGAACUGAAGAAUAAGCAGAAAGAGGAGGAACGGAGGCGCAAAGAAGAGGAAAAGGCAAAAAAGGCUGCUGCCAUGCCAACCUCUAACGCACAGAAGUCUGUGGCAGCUGAUGAUGAUGACAUGGAUCCGACGCAAUAUUUUGAAAACAGGAUUAAAGGACUUGAUGCUCUUAAAACAGCUGGAAUAAAUCCAUAUCCUCACAAGUUCUCUGUCUCAAUGUCUGUCAUAGAAUAUGUAGAGAAGUAUUCUGGCCUGAAUUCUGGGGAACAUUUGGAGGAUGUUGAAGUAUCAUUGGCAGGACGUAUUAUGAACAAAAGGUCAUCAUCAUCAAAGCUUUUUUUCUAUGAUUUGCAUGGUGAUGGUGCCAAAGUCCAAUUAAUGACAGAUGCAAGGAUAUCUGAUUUAAGUGAAGCUGAAUUUGCAAAGUUCCAUGGUGGUGUGAAGCGAGGAGAUAUUGUUGGGGUUGUUGGGUUUCCAGGUAAAAGCAAAAGGGGGGAGCUAAGCAUGUUCCCGAAGUCCUUCAUAGUGCUGUCUCAUUGUCUGCAUAUGAUGCCACGGCAGAAACCUGCCUCUAGUUCUGAUAAUGAAAGUGUGAAGAAAAUUGAUGCAUGGAUCCCGGGAAGUGGCAGAAACCCUGAAACCUAUGUUUUAAAGGAUCAGGAAACUAGAUAUCGUCAACGAUAUCUGGAUUUGAUGUUGAACUCUGAGGUGCGACAUAUAUUCAAGACCCGUGCAAAGGUCAUUUCUUAUGUUAGACGAUAUCUUGACAAUCUGGAUUUUCUGGAGGUUGAAACACCUAUGAUGAACAUGAUUGCUGGAGGAGCAGCGGCACGUCCAUUUGUGACCCAUCACAAUGAACUGAACAUGAGGCUUUUUAUGCGUAUAGCACCUGAGCUUUAUCUGAAGGAACUCGUUGUUGGUGGUCUCAACCGUGUCUAUGAAAUUGGGAAGCAAUUCAGAAAUGAAGGGAUUGACUUGACACAUAAUCCUGAGUUCACUACAUGCGAGUUCUAUAUGGCGUAUGCAGACUACAAUGACCUGAUGGAGAUGACAGAACAAAUGUUGAGUGGAAUGGUCAAGGAGCUAACAGGAGGUUACAAAGUUAGAUACCAUUCAAAUGGCUUAGAGAAUGAAGCAAUCGAAAUAGAUUUCACUCCCCCUUUCAGGAGGAUUGAUAUGAUUGAAGACUUGGAGAAGAUGGCUGGUCUCAACAUUCCGAAGGACCUCGCUAGCGAUGAAGCCAACAAAUAUUUAGCUGAGGCGUGUGCAAAGUUUGAGAUUAAAUGCGCGCCUCCUCUAACAACUGCUCGUUUGUUGGAUAAACUUGUGGGGCACUUCCUGGAGGAGACAUGUGUGAACCCUGCUUUCAUCAUAAAUCAACCUGAGAUAAUGAGUCCACUAGCAAAGUGGCAUAGAUCCAAGCCAGGCCUGACUGAACGGUUUGAAUUAUUUAUCAACAAACAUGAACUUUGCAACGCUUACACAGAGCUGAAUGAUCCUGUGGUACAGCGACAGCGGUUUGCAGACCAACUAAAGGAUCGUCAAUCAGGUGAUGAUGAAGCUAUGGCCUUGGAUGAAACAUUCUGCACAGCUCUAGAAUAUGGACUACCUCCGACAGGAGGAUGGGGAAUGGGAAUUGAUCGGCUUGCAAUGUUGCUAACAGAUUCACAAAAUAUUAAGGAAGUUCUACUGUUUCCAGCCAUGAAGCCACAGGAUGAACUUCCAGUUAAAGCAACACAAUCUACAGCUUCAUAGAUACUAAGCUGAAUCUAUACCCGAUUCCAAUUUUUGUUAACCUCAACAUUUUUCCUCAGCCAGUGGUAUGUUCAAAUUUGGGUCAAGACUCAUAUGAAGCUUCAAGAUAACCACAGUCGGUUACCGGUGUUAUAUAUAUCAACUUGUAACUUUUAUUUGGUCUCAUAAUGUCAUGUUUUAUUAAUGCAUUUCCAUUUGUGAAAACUUAUAUAUUCUGUGCACAAUUGUAACAAAUCAUGUCAUUGAGAGUUGAAACAGAUUGAUUUAGAAUUGAAAUGUUUUCAAAGAGUACUAAAAUACAUGAUCUGUUCAUAUUGAAAUAUCCGGUUGUACACCA